AUGAACCAACUUAGCGAGAAAAACAAAACUGUCGAGGAGAAGAAGGAGAAGAAAGUCCACUGCGCCAUCCCGAAAUUUAUUUUGAACAAUGAGCUGCUGCAAAAGGCCAUAAAAAAGUGCUUCCCAGAAAAUUACAAUUUCGAAAUAUACAAAUGCAUUGACAUUAUCCUGAGGGAGCAAUUUAAAAACAUCGUUCUGCAGUUACCUGAGGGGCUGCUCAUUUGGGGAUUGUACAUUUCUGAGAUUUUAUAUUUUUUUUGUGAGUGCGUGGAAGACGUAAUUAUCCUGGGGGAUGUCACCUACGGUGGGUGCUGCAUUGACGAUUACACAAGUGAGAAGCUGGGCUGUGAUUUGAUCAUUCACUAUGGACACUCCUGUUUGAUUCCCCUGACUGUAACAAAAAUACGAUGCAUUUACGUCUUCGUGGACAUCAAAUUAAACUCUUCCCAUUUGGUGGAAACGAUAAAAAAAAAUUUCAACAAAAGUGACAUCGUUUUGCUGCUUGGCACGAUACAAUUUUCCUGCCUUGUACACAAUGUGCAUAGCAUUUUGAAGAGAGAAAAUUAUUUUGACCUUUUUCUGCCCAUCCCACAAGUGCUCCCCCUGACCAAGGGAGAGGUCCUGGGGUGCACGUCCCCCAAUUUGUAUCACUUCCUCUAUGAGCACGUUGUGGGGAAGGAGCAGCCCAGUCAAAAUGGCCGCUCAUUAAGCGGCGCAGCGCAGGGGGAGAAAUACCCCUCUGGAGAUAUCCCCCCAAAGGAUGGCAAUAACUGCCAGCACAGCGAAGCAUUCAUCGUAAACGAGUGCAAACGAUUUUUACAAAACAAUCAAGUCAAAAUUGUCUUCAUAGCAGAUGGGAGGUUCCAUUUGGAAAGCCUGAUGAUACAUAACCCCGAUUUCUCCUUCUACCGAUACAAUCCAUUUAACAAAGUAAUAACGAACGAAAAACAUAAUUACCGCCUUUUUCACGAAAUAAGAAAAAAUGAAAUAAAAAAAUGCUCCAACUGCAAAAGUGUGUGCAUUAUUUUAAGUACUUUGGGAAGACAGGGAAAUGUAAACAUUUUACAAAACAUUUUAAAUCUCCUCAAGCAAAAAAAUAUUUCCUUUUUUAUCCUUUUACUGUCAGAAAUAUUUAAUGAAAAAUUAGCCUUGUUCAAAAAUGUUGACGUGUUUAUACAAAUAGGCUGCCCAAGAUUGUCCAUCGACUGGGGGAAUUACAAUUCCAAGCCUCUGUUAAAUAGUUAUGAAGCUUAUGUUUUUUUGCAGGCAGUUAAAUAUAAGGAGAUAUACCCCAUGGAUUACUACGCCAACAUGGGGAACGCGUGGACCAACUACAAUGCUGGGAUUGGAGACGCGAGUGAGAAAAACCUGACCAUGCGGGAGAUCAUCCGUCGGCGCAUUCAGCUGCGCAAAAGUAAAAUUAGCAUUCGAUAUCAGUAGUGCUCAGUGGGGGAAAAAAAAAGGGGGCUAACCUGUUGUCCUCCACACGUAUGCCUUACAUUCGUGCCAGUUUUGCCAUUUCGAAGAUAAUUUUUUCACCACGUUUUUUUGUGUAUAAUUGGCCCCUUCACGCGUUGCGAAAUGUUAACUGAUAGGUUUUUUUCCAUCUUUAUUUUAUUUUUAUUUUUUUUUUUUUUUAUCCACCGUAUGUAGUAAUUACAACCACGCCGCUUCCGUUUGUGUUAAAAACGUUCUGCAGAAAAUGGCUCCC